CCGCGCACUGCUCAAUUUUACCCCAUUACAAAUCCUCAUUACCCUAGUGCUAAACUCUAUAACUAAAUAAUAAUAAAACAAUCACUCAAGACAAUGUCUCAAAUUAUUUUCCUAUGAUCAUUAAAAACCUGAGAUUUAAAACCUGAAAUCAACUGCAUAAAUUGAACAACUCUACUAAAAACUGAAAAGAAAAAAUGCGAGAAAAAAAAAUGAUGUUGACGAUUAAAUAUUGUACAGUAUUGUUGUCACUUGAAAUACAAUAACAAAUGUCGCGUCAUUCCUUUGACACCUCCAUGUGACUGAACUUAAUUGUUAUGGCUUAAUUAAGUGUCUGGUGAAGUGUAAAAAUGCACGACAUGGAUUCGUUUGAUAUGAACAACGUAACAGCGAAAAUAAUUGAUCCACCUAGAACAUUGGUGAUGAAUUUAUCUCAUAUCUACAAUUGGAGUGAAGAAGAGUACUUGCAACUCCAGCUGGGACCGAAGCAUUUACCCCCGCAAUUAGUAAUUCCAAUAACAAUUGUUUAUGUGUUUAUUUUUGUUAUGGGGAUAUUCGGUAAUGUGGUAACAUGUUGGGUGAUACUUCGUAAUCCAAUUAUGCAAACAGCUACGAAUUACUACCUGUUCAGUUUGGCAGUUUCUGAUGUGAUGCUUCUUGUUCUGGGGUUACCAUUUGAGCUGCAAGUUUUCUGGCAGCAGUAUCCGUGGGAGCUUGGUUGGGGUCUAUGUAAAAUACGAGCUUACGUGUCCGAAACGUCGUCGUACGUCUCGGUAUUAACGAUAGUGGCAUUCUCGAUGGAGAGGUACCUAGCUAUCUGCCAUCCUCUCCAUCUGUAUGCGAUGAGUGGCUUAAAACGUCCGCUACGCUUUAUAUUCGCUGCUUGGCUACUGGCAAUGGUUGCAGCACUUCCCUUUGCAGUUUACACUACGGUGAAUUAUGUCGAAUAUCCACCAGGAAGCGGUCGUAAUUCCGAGGAGUCAGCCUUCUGCGCUAUGCUAUUACACAACAUGCCAGGCUUCCCUCUGUACGAGCUCAGUUGUUUGAUAUUCUUUCUUGUCCCUCUGAUCUUGAUAAUGGUACUCUAUAUUCGCAUGGGUCUCCGAAUACAAAAUACAACUUUGGGAAGUAGCAUUGAGGGAACCGUGCAUGGCGAAACCAGACAGGCACACUCCAGGAAAAUCAUUAUAAGAAUGUUAAGUGCAGUAGUUGUGACAUUCUUUAUAUGCUGGGCUCCUUUCCAUGCUCAACGGCUACUUUACGUCUACGACCGGACGAGGUCAUUCGGUGAUGUAAAUGAGUGGCUGUAUUUUCUGGGUGGUUGUUUGUACUACAUCAGUACUGCGAUCAAUCCCAUUCUCUAUAAUGUUAUGAGUGUCAAGUACCGAAGUGCAUUUGUUGAAACUCUGUGCUGCACACCAACAGGCAACCACUUUAACAUGGAGGAUCAAAGUAGUAUGAAGGAGACGACUAUUUACCGAUGUGGUUCAUGUCGAAGCUCUCAAAUAGCACGAGCGAGGAGUAGAAGCAUUAAAUAUCACUCGGAGACGUCAAGGGACCUCGUACAUAUGAAAGUACCUGACAAUGAAAAUGAUUAUUCUGGUGGCAAGCGACGAACGGUGAAUAGCAGUCUGAUAAAUAAACAUGACAUAGUGCCAGUAGGAGCCAGGAAGCUUUCCAUGGUAGUACAGUCAAGCAAUGGAAAGGCCAAGUGUCGUGCAACUGAGAUGAAUAGCUUGCCGAAUGAGGCGCACAUCUGAUAUACCACUCAGCUCACUUCAUCUUCAAUUAAUA